AUGCCGUCUAUAGUUUUCACCCUCAGGGUCACGCUUUACACCCUUCUCCUCCUCUUUGUCUCCUUCCUCGCCAUCUUCAUAGCCAUCAUCUCCACUCUUAUUGGCAAGCGUCUCAGUGUCAACUACUAUGUAGCAAGAACGUUUUGGCAUAUCACUGGACCCCUCAUGGGGUGGAAAUUCGAGGUGCAGGGAGAAGAGCAUCUGUGGAACGUGGACAUUGGUGACCAGGCCGGUUCAGCCAGCAAGGGUGGUAGAAGUGCUGUCAUGGUCGGUAACCAUCAAAGCUUCGUGGACAUUCUAUAUCUCGGACGAAUAUUUCCACCUCACGCAGCAAUCAUGGCCAAAUCAUCCAUCAGAUGGCUACCAGGCUUGGGGCAAUGGAUGAUGAUGUCUGGUACUGUCUUUAUCAAUCGGUCGAAUAACAAAAGUGCUAUCGCCAGUAUGACCCAGGCCGGGGAGGACAUGAAGAGAAAGCGGAUAUCACUGUGGAUCUUCCCUGAAGGAACUCGACAUCUAUCCCCCACGCCGGAUCUUCUGUCGUUCAAGAAAGGCGCAUUUUACCUAGCCGUUCAAUCUGGCACCCCGAUCGUUCCCGUCGUAUGUCAAUCCUAUCAUCAUCUUUAUGACGCCAAAACCCGUUUCAAGUCAGGGACGUUGCAGAUCAGAGUCCUUCCUCCCAUAUCAACCACCGGGAUGACAGCGACCGAUGUUCCAGCUCUCAUCGACCAAACCCGUAAUGCGAUGCUUCAGACAUUACAAGAGAUGGCCACAGGUCUCAGUCAUACACCGUCCGACGCUUCACCGACACCUUUAUUGACAGAACGAAUACAUUCAGCCGGCGAGACAAGAGAGUACGGUUCAACAGAAGGACUUCGAUCAUCAUCCCAACCAGCGCUGUCAAUGUCCGGUAAGGUGGUCGACUCUGGAGGAGAGAGCAAAAGUGUAGAAAACAAAUUAUCCAUAGCGAUGAUAUCCGAUUUCUUCCAUCCAGUUGUCGGUGGUGUGGAAGGACAUAUCUAUUCACUCGGUGUCGAAUUGAUGCGUCGCGGACAUCGAGUUAUUGUCAUCACACAUCAUCAUCCUCCCCGAGUGGGAAUACGAUAUCUAUCACCUGGAUUGAAAGUGUAUCAUCUACCAUUCGUACCUAUUGCUUCAUCUGCCACAUUACCCAACUUCCUACUCUUUCUUCCAUAUCUUCGGGACAUACUCAUUCGUGAGAAAAUCGAUCUCGUUCAUGGUCAUGGUAGCUUGAGUUCCUUGGCACAUGAGGCGAUGUUACAUUCCCCAUUAUUGGGAGUUAGGACGGUUUUCACAGAUCACAGUUUAUUCGGAUUUGGAGAUGCUGUGGGUGUAUUGACCAACAAAUUGUUAGCGGGAGCUUUGAGGAAUGUGGAUGGGGUUAUAUGCGUGAGUAACACAGGUCGGGAAAAUACAGUUCUACGUGCUCAACUCGACCCUUCACUUGUCUCAGUAAUCCCUAACGCUUUGGUGGCAGAGAGAUUCCGGCCAGCGCCAGAGCCUCCAGAUUCAACAUACAUCACAAUCGUCGUCAUCUCACGCUUGGUGUAUCGAAAGGGUAUAGACUUAUUAGUCGCUGCUGCUCCUACCAUAUGCGCUUUAUUUCCCGAAGUUCGUUUUCUCGUCGGAGGAGACGGACCUAAAAUGCUUGAAUUACUUCAAAUGCGAGAAAAUCAUCUUCUUCAAGAUCGAAUAACCCUCCUCGGUUCUAUACCUCCUUCUCAAGUCCGAGAUAUCCUUAUCAAAGGACAAAUUUAUCUCAAUACCUCCCUAACGGAAGCUUUCGGGAUUAGUAUCAUCGAAGCUGCUUCUGCUGGAUUAUUCGUGGUCAGUACGAGAGUCGGAGGGGUUCCUGAGAUCUUACCGGGUGAUAUGAUAGAAUUUGCUCAUGCGGAUGAGGAUGACGUUGUGAGAGCACUUACGAAAGCUAUCGAAGUUGUCAAAACGGGUAAUCAUGAUCCAAAGAAAGCACAUGAGAGAGUUCGGGAUAUGUAUUCUUGGGCUGAUGUGGCGGAGAGGACAGAGGUGGUUUAUAAACGAGCCAUGUUAAGUCCGCCGAAGGAUACAGGGGAAAGGUUGGCAAGGUUGUUAUCCCUCGGACCAUUAUUUGGACCUAUAAUGUGUAUCAUCAUCGCCGUUGAACAUAUUUUCUUUGACGCACUCAAGAUAUGGCAUCCAGAAGACGAAAUUGAUCUCGUCAAACCAUGGAACACGAAAGAAACAACUUCAACACUUACAGUUGGAUGA